AUGUGUUCCAAAGUAGACCAGUGCUCUGUAAAAACACACAUUGUUUUUAUCACAAUCCCAAAUUCAUCCAUAUCACUUCAAAACAAAGGAUCAUCAUCUAGGGUUUCUUUCUUCACCGGAGCUCCACCACACACCUCAACUUUACAGCAUCUUUAUCCAGGGUUUAUGUUUGUUACCGAAGUUGAGCUGGCUCACUUAUGGGCGAUUUGAUGGCGCCUCGAAUUUCUCAAUCUCUAGUUCCAACUCACUUGGAUGAAUUUGAUUUUGUGGAAAUUGAUAAUUCUAGAGAUGUUGAUGCCGACGAUGAUGUUGAUGAUGCUGCUCCUGCUGCUUUGAUGGUUACUAGUAUGGCUUAUUUGCCGCAAAAUAGUGUCUUGUGUGAACUUAGACAUGAGGCUUUCGAGGCUUGUGUUUCGUCUGGUCCCUUGGAUGUUGGUUUGGUAUCGAAAUGGCGGCCUAAGGAUAGAAUGAAAACUGGCUGUGUUGCUCUCGUUCUAUGCUUAAAUAUUACCGUCGACCCCCCUGAUGUAAUAAAAAUAUCACCUUGUGCCAGAAUGGAGUGCUGGAUUGAUCCAAAUUCUAUGGCUCCUCAAAAAGCGUUGGAAACAAUUGGAAAAACCUUGAGUUAUCAAUAUGAAAGGUGGCAUGCAAGGGCAAAGUACAAGAUACAGUUAGAUCCUACUGUUGAAGAAGUGAAGAAACUUUGUUGUACAUGUCGCAAAUUAGCCAAGUCUGAAAGAGUACUGUUUCAUUAUAAUGGUCAUGGUGUGCCAAAGCCAACUGCAAAUGGUGAAAUUUGGCUGUUUAACAAGAGUUACACACAAUAUAUUCCUCUGCCAGUAAGAGACCUCGAUUCUUGGUUGAGAACACCCUCAAUGUACGUUUUUGACUGCUCUGCUGCAGGAAUGGUUGUGAAUGCCUUUAAAGAGCUCCAGGAUUUGACUCCUUCCAACUCUUCUGGAUCUUCUGUAAGGGAUUGCAUUUUGCUUGCAGCUUGUGAAGCACAUGAGACGCUUCCGCAAAGUGCUGAGUUUCCUGCUGAUGUAUUUACAUCUUGCCUCACCACUCCCAUUAAGAUGGCAUUGAGAUGGUUCUGCACACGUUCGCUGCUUCACGAGUCUCUUACUUAUUCACUAAUAGAUAGAAUACCUGGUCGGCAAACUGACCGUAAGACACUACUUGGGGAGCUGAAUUGGAUAUUUACUGCAGUGACUGACACAAUUGCCUGGAACGUGCUCCCACACGAUUUAUUUCAAAGGUUGUUCAGACAAGACUUAUUGGUUGCAAGCCUGUUCCGAAAUUUCCUACUUGCUGAGAGGAUUAUGCGGUCUGCAAAUUGUUCUCCAAUUUCGCAUCCAAUGUUACCAGCUACCCAUCAGCAUCAUAUGUGGGAUGCCUGGGAUAUGGCUGCUGAAAUGUGUCUUGCUCAGCUUCCGGCAUUGAUUGAGGACCCCAAAGUUGAAUUUCAACCAAGCCCUUUUUUCACGGAACAGUUGACAGCUUUUGAAAUUUGGCUGGAUCAUGGAUCUGAGUACAAGAAGGCUCCUGAGCAGCUGCCAAUUGUUCUUCAGGUUUUACUUAGUCAAUGCCACCGUUUUCGUGCUCUGGUGCUGCUUGGCAGAUUUCUUGAUAUGGGGUCUUGGGCCGUAGAUCUGGCUCUGUCUGUUGGGAUUUUUCCCUAUGUAUUAAAGCUUUUACAGACAACUACUCCAGAACUUCGUCAGAUUCUUGUGUUUAUCUGGACAAAGAUCCUUUCCCUCGAUAAGUCAUGCCAGGUGGAUUUAGUCAAAGAUGAUGGGCACAAAUAUUUCAUUAGGUUCCUCGAUAGUGAAGAAGCUUAUCCAGAACAGCGGGCAAUGGCUGCAUUUGUUUUAGCUGUCAUUGUUGAUGGACAUCGAAGGGGACAGGAAGCCUGUAUUGAAGCUGGUCUUAUACAUGUAUGCUUAAGGCACCUACAGGAUUCAACCGCAAAUGAAGUACAAACUGAGCCAUUAUUUCUUCAGUGGCUUUGCCUGUGUUUGGGAAAACUUUGGGAAGAUUUCACAGAGGGACAGAUAAUAGGUUUGCAAGCAGAUGCCCCAGCCAUAUAUGGACCUCUACUUUCUGAGCCCCAACCUGAGGUUAGAGCUUCAGCUGUGUUUGCGCUUGGCACUCUUUUUGACAUAGGGUUUGACUCAUCUAGCCUAUCUAGGGAUGUUGGAGAUGAAGUAAGUUAUGAUGAUGAUAAUGAUGAAGAUGAAAAAGUGAAGGCUGAAAUUAGUAUUGUAAAGAGCCUUCUAGAUGUUGUUUCAGAUGGAAGCCCAUUAGUAAGAACUGAGGUUGCUGUAGCUUUGGGGCGGUUCGCGUUCGGCCACAACAAGCACUUGAAAUCAGUUGCUGCAGCAAUUUUGAACCACCAGCCUCAUUCAGUACUGAGUUCCCUCCCUUUCUUUGCUAUUAAGGGUACAACAAGUGGCUGUACUUCGGCAAAUUAUUAUUCCCAUACUGGGCCUAUCUUGAAGGCAGGUGGUGAUAGCCAGUCAGUGGUUUGUGAUGGUAGAAUAUCCACCAGUAAUCCCCUAGCUACUUCUGGUGUGAUGCAUGGGUCGCCAGUUUCUGAUGAAUCAUCUCAACAUUCAGAUUCUGGUAUAUUGACCAACUGCAUUAGUAAUGGCGUCAUUGAUCGUGCUCACUCAAGACAUUUGGACAACGGAUUUUAUUCACAAUGUGUAUCUGCUAUGUGUACACUAGCCAAGGACCCAUCACCACGAAUUGCAAGUCUUGGCCGGCGGGUCCUGUCAAUCAUUGGGAUUGAACAAGUUGUGACGAAACUUACCAAGUCCACUGGCCAUGUAAGUUCAAGUGAAUCUACUACACCUCCAACCAGUAGUCUUGCUGGACUAGCACGAUCAUCUUCUUUAUUCGACCUGAAUGCGGGACACUUGUCUAUGACUUUCAGAACUCCUCCAGUUAGUCCUCCUCAACCGACUUACUUCACAACGGGCCUGCGAAGAGUUUAUUCUUUGGAGUUGAGGCCACACCUAGUGAGUACUCCAGACUCGGGAUUAGCUGAUCCGCUUCUGGGUUCUCUUGGAGCUUCUGGUUCCUCUGAGCGCAGCUUCCUUCCGAAGUCAACUAUCUACAAGUGGAGUUGUGAUCACUUUACAAAACCCCUUCUUACUGCCGCAGAUGAUAGCAAUGAAAUAAUUUCAAAAAGAGAGGAGAGGGAAAAAUUUGCCUUUGACCAGAUUUUAAAAUGCCAGCACUCAUCUAUUAACAAGCUUCACAAUCAAAUUGCUGGAUGGGAUACAAGAUUUGAGGCUGGUGCCAAAAUAACUUUGCUGCAACCUUUUUCACCCGUUGUCAUUGCGGCAGAUGAGUGUGAGCGUAUCAGGGUAUGGAAUUAUGAGGAAGCCACCUUGCUAAAUUCUUUUAGUAAUCAUGAUUAUCCAUACAAAGGUAUAUCAAACCUCAGCUUAAUAAAUGAGCUUGAUGACAGCUUACUUCUUGUUGCAUCUAGUGAUGGAAGUAUCCGAAUAUGGAAAGAUUACAGUGCUAAAAGCCGACAGAAACUUGUUACUGCCUUUUAUUCAAUCCAAGGUCCUAGGCCUGGUGUUCCUAGCCUGAAUGCUGUUGUUAAGUGGCAGCAGCAAUCAGGCAUUUUGUAUGCUUCUGGGAAAUUAUCAUCUAUCGCGGUAUGGGAUCUUGACAAGGAGCAGCGUAUUAACUCCAUUCCUUUGCAGUCAGAAUGUAGCGUCUCAGCGAUGUCUGCUUCUCUAAUACAUGGCAGGGAGUUUGCAGCUGGAUUUACAGAUGGUUCAGUCAGACUCUUUGACAUUCGAACACCUGACAUGCUCGUCUGUGCAACUCAAUUACAUACCCAAAAAGUUGUGGGGAUGGGUUUCCAGCCUGGUCUUGAUCCUGCUAAGAUUGUCAGUGCUUCACAUGCUGGUGACAUUCAGUUCCUUGAUUUUAGGCAUCACCGUGAUGCGUACUUAACAAUUCAUGCCCACAGGGGAUCGCUUGCAGCUUUAGCUGUUCAUAGACAUGCUCCUCUUAUAGCUAGUGGAUCAGCCAAACAGCGUAUCAAAGUCUUUAAUAUGGACGGUGAGCAAUUAGGGACCAUCCAAUAUUACCCCACUUUUAUGGCCCAGAAGAUAGGAUCAGUAAGCUGCCUCACUUUCCAUCCUUACCAAGUAAUGCUAGCUGCCGGUGCUGCAGAUGGGUGUGUUUCAAUCUAUGCUGAUGAGAUCUCCUCACCAAGAUUUUAAUGAUACUUCAGGAGUCGUAACACUAGGUAAUCCUGGAGAAUCAGAUUCCAGGGGCAAUAUCAUCAACGAAUUGCUAUAUGCAAGAUUCUGCUUCUUAUCGAAAAUCAAACUGUGAAAAUACAAGGCUAGUUGCUUGGAAUUUGUAUUCUAAAAUAUUGGUCCGCCCUGCAUUGCUAAGGUGAUACAAAAUGAUUAAAGGACAGUGCAUGGCGAUGCAUCAACAAUCUUACAUGUAGGUAGAAAGAUGUAAAUAGUGUCUAAAGAUGUAAAUAUUUACUCUUCCAUUACAUGUUAGUUCCCUCUUGUGCUAGGUGUAAAUAUUGUUUAAAUGUAACCGUAAUGACUGUCCAUGUAAAAUAUUUGUUUAUUUGUAUAUAUGGAAGGCUUAGGCUUUGAUGUUA